GAAGUGGGUGGAUCGCGAAACCACGUUUCUCUUGAUUGAACCAGGACAUGCCUAAGACGAUCUACCGAAUUUUGACUCUGGGCAAGUCAGGAGUUGGUAAGACGUCACUUCUUGAAAGCAUGGUGUAUGGACGUGUUUUCAAGACACGCCCUCCUCCACCGACAAUCGAGGACAUCUACGAAUGCACUAUCGAGACGGAACACGGAAGUAAGGAGCGUGUGCAUAUUUACGACACGUCUGGACAGUCGGGCGUCAUGGACGACAAAAUGAAGCAGCGCUAUUUCUCGUCGGCUGACGGUAUCGUCUUGGUGUAUAGUUGCAACAAUUGUAGAGAGUCAUUUACCUACAUCAAAGACAUGAGACAACAGAUAGAGGCAAUGAGAGGAGAACAUAUGCCCAUGGUAGUUGUAGGGACAACAAUGGAUUCAGGAAGAGAAGAUAAUGGAGAGUCUCGGUCUGUUGCCAUCUGGGCGCAUACUCAAUCAUUACAGCACUACCGGGUAGCUCUAGAAAAACGGCUGGCGAUAUCAGAACCCUUUGUGUGGAUUAUGUCUAGAAUUGCAGCCGGAGGAAAGCGAUUUUUGCCGAGGAAGAACUGACUGUCAUUAAUAACAAUGACGAGUCAUUUUUGUAUAGAUGUCUUGUGCGAUCUAUUUAUAUAUCAUAGGAUAUCUAAUUAGUUAUGGGUGAGCUGUUAUUUUACAAAUAGUAUUUUGUUUAUUACAAAUUGUGUUUACUCGUGUUUAAUUAAUUUAUUGAAUUAACUUAAUUA